AUGCCCAAAAAGCCCACAAAAUACCCUGCGAAGGGCCUUACUAUCGAAGAGCUUGUCCUACCAGUAUCCGUAGCCAACCUGAAAGAAAAAGGCAAAGACUGCUGCAGCAUUUGCCUGGACGAGUUUCUUGAACACACAGACUCAACCGAGCCGCCUGAGACAACAUGCAAGGACCCCGUAAAGCUCAGCUGUGGCCAUACCUUCGGACACGACUGCAUCCAGGCCUGGUUCUACACUCAAGACGAGUACAAGCUAAAUUGUCCAUACUGCCGCGUUAAGCCCCGGACUGUCUGCACCAUCACCUCUCCCGAGAUCAACAUGAUGGAACACAAGGUGAUAAAGUACCGGUUGGCAUACGACGCCUACUUUAAAAACGGCGCGCGGGAUCCUAACAUUGAUAUCUCGCCUGCACUUCUCCGUAUAUGGGGCGAAAGGGCGUCAGAAACCCUCGAACAUCGCGUCUCCCUGCGGCCCUUCUUACUCCAAAGACCUCACCUAUAUAUGGAUUUGGAGCGAAUUUUCUUCAAAGAAAUUGAAGACGUCUGUACGAGGUUAGGCUGGAAAGAGCAGGGGCCACGCAAGCCUUCGACAACGAAAACCGUCAACACCAAUGAGCUGGUUUCCGUACUAUGCAAUUUAAUAGUACCUGCUCUUCAACCGGAGCUUAAUCUGAACAUCCUCAACCAUGCGGUUCACCUUUUCGGUGAUUUCUUGAUCAUGGUUGUUGGCAAGGCCUUGGAGGAAAACUCGAGAGUUCAAUAG